AUGUUCUCAUCGAGAAAAUGGACACCCAAGGGAUUGCACAUCUAUAUUACAGGCGGCAGCCAGGGUCUCGGACUUGCACUCGCAAAGCUCGUUGCACGGAAGGGUGCUCAUGUUUCUAUAGUAGCGAGGACGCAAAGCAAGCUUGACGACGCGCUAAAAGAGCUAGAGGCUGUUCGCCAAAGUCCAGGCCAAAUAUUUAAAGCCUUUUCCUACUCCCUCGACACCGCGGGGGAAUCUGCUGCUGCCCUUAGAGCCGCUAGUGACGGUCAUGGUGGACAUGUCCCAGAUGCUGUCUUUGCAUGCGCCGGCGCCUCAAAACCAAUGUACUUUCUUGACAUGCAGGCAGAGGACCUAACGCGGGGAAUGAUGAACGGCUACUGGGUGCAGGCGUGGACCGCGUUCGCCGCUGCUAAACAAAUGGUCCGCGAAAAUAAGUCGGGAAAAAUCAUACUGGUGUCAUCGAUUCUUGGAUAUAUGUCUUUCGUUGGAUAUUCUUCUUAUUCCCCUGCAAAGCAUGCUCUGCGCGGACUUGCCGACUCUUUGCAUUCAGAGCUACUGCUCUAUGGCAUCAAUACUCACAUCUUCUUCCCUCCUACAGUGUAUACCCCUGGCUUUGACGAAGAAAGAAAAACGAAGCCAAGUAUCACGAGAAUGAUAGAGUCGACGGACAAAGGUAUGACAGCAGAACAGGCUGCUGCCGCACUUCUUGCAGGUGUCGAAAAUGGUCACGUACACAUCACUGCCGAUCUUCUCACAAGCUUUUUACGAGCUUCUACGCGUGGUUCAGCUCCCCGCAGCAACGCUGCUCUUGAUUUCGUGUUAGACUUGAUUGCCUUGAUCGGGAUGCCAUUGUGGAGACGCUUGACUUACAAGCAAGUGCUCGCACAUCGCGAGGAACACCAGGAGUACUUGCGGCAGAACGGAUUUUUCAAUUAA